AUGUGGAGCAUGCGCCUGCUUUAUAACGCCAGAACUUCAGGCUGCUGCCGCCAAUGCUACUCAGGAACAGAAGCCAGCAACGGAACAAUUGAGGCGCAGGCAGUGCCAUGCCGAAGGUUGAGGGAUGGCAGAAGGAACCUGCACUUGGGUAUCGCGAAGAUCGGCAAGACGAAGCGGUUGUCGCCGGUGCGCAGGCGCUGCGUGCCUCGCUGCGCCCCUCGGACGCGGGUCAGCGUGUCGUGUCCAACUCUCGCCGUUGAAAACAGACCGAAGAUUCGCGUGUCCCUUCGCCACUUCAGCCCACCUCCCCUCGCUAAGCUCGCGUGUUCCGUCCAGUCUCCUACAACGUUCGCCUUUUACACCCCUCUGCUCCAACGCUCUCAAGUCAUGACUGCGUCUAAACGCUCUUUCUCUGCAAAACCUUGCCCGUUUCCAUGCGGUCCAUGUGGUUGCGCUAAAGGCUGCAACUGCCUCCCACCUCCGUGCAACACCCCUCCACGUUGCAUUCAAUACAUGACUGGAUACUACUACUAUCCUUAUGGCACCUGGUUCUGUGGGCCUUACCAUGUGUCUGGUACUUGUUGCCCAGUUGGCCCCUGUGGUCCUGGCUCCUGUGGCCCAUGUGGCCCGUGCGGUCCGUGUUCUCCUUGCGGCCCGUGUGCUCCUUGUGGCCCAUGUCUGAAAUGCGCUUGUCCCAGUGCAGUUUGCCCUGGAUCUAUCCCGCCCACGGUGUGCACUACAGCUAUGAACCCUAUGUCAGACAUGAAUAAAGCGCCCCUUCGCGAUAUUCCUAGAACAGGUGUGAUGCCUGGUAAUCAAAUCAAAAGCCCCCUCUCCAAGGACGAGUCUUGUAGACAAGCUUCUAAGACUGAUGUAUCUAAAUCUGGAAUAUCCAGGUUCUUCCCGUAUGACAAUAAGACAACUAACGCAACCCGUCCGGCUGGUACUCCAAAAAAUCUCCCCACAACUACAAUUAUAACAUCGUGUUCGUGCCCAUAUAGUACCCAAGCGGGAUUGCAUUGCAAGACUGCCCAAUUCUCUGACCCAAAAAUGAAUUUGCCCAAAUCUAGCAGCCGAAAGGUAGGCAAAAAUGCUGGUUCCCUCUUAGAGAAACCUAGAACUUUACUGACGUUGGAGCAGAGGAACAAACCAAGAGUAAAAGCAGGCGCGUUCGACCAUGCCUCCAUUCCAAACUAUAAGAAUCCUUACCCCGACCCGCACAUUGACCACAAAUUCAAAGCUUAUGAAUCAUAA